AUGAGAGCCUCUACAGACACUGUCCCUGGUACCUUCAUCUGCAGGCUACAGGGAGAUUAUCUGCAAUGCAACAAGGAACAAAGCCAGGAGGAGAAAUCUAUUGCCAUCAACGAUAUAGUCUGUAUUCUUCCCAGUUCUAUGGAAAGACAGGAAACCACAUACAGCGUGCUAUAUCUCGAGAGACAUAGUGGAUCCUCUGAUGCUAACACAGUUGAUGACCGUGUGCGUCUCAUUAGAAUCAGCACGGGAUCCCUACCAUCAACAUUGCUGUCGCAGUAUUUUUACAAGGAGUUACCUCGCCAUCUCAGUCUUUUGUCCAGAAUCCAUGUUGUGAUAUCAACCGGCUCAGGAGCGGGGAAAGCAAAGGGCCUAUAUCAAGAUGUCCUACAACCCUUUCUAUCAUACCUCGGUUUGACUACAUGCGAAGUCCAUGAGACGCAGUCUUCCCAGACAAUAACAGAGCUGGCGCAUUUGAAAUUCAUUCCCUGCGCCCAAACCGGAAUAGAUCAAACCAUCAUCCUCCUUUCUGGUGAUGGUGGUCUGGUUGACAUUGUUGAUGCCUUCUACAAUUCUUCAAAGAGGAUGAUUGUUCCACCCUGUAUUGGCUUGAUGCCAACAGGCACAGGAAAUGCUAUGGCCAAUUCCAUCGGUUUGCAUUGUCCAACAAUGGGGUUAAUGACGUUACUGCGCGGAAAACCGAGACGCAUACCAGUGUUUGCCGCUAGCUUUUCACCGAAAUCACAGUAUAUCAUCGAGGAGGGCCGUGGCCGAGCCCCUAUAUGUAGCGAUCAAACGGCGGAGACUGAGGACCACAAGGUUUAUGGUGCUGUUGUUGCGAGCUGGGGAAUACAUGCCGCGCUGGUCGCAGACAGUGAUACGCUUGCGUAUCGCAAGUUUGGCGUCGAUAGAUUCAAACUGGCCGCAAAGGAGCUUCUCUGGCCAUCCGACGGCUUACCGACGCAUAGUUAUCAUGCUAUGAUCACCUUGGCCAAAAAAAGCAAAGGUGCCAAUAACCAGCAAAUGGAGGCUAUGGACCAGAAUGAACACAUGUACGUGUUGGCCACCUUGGUCUCAAGGCUUGAAAAGGGAUUCGUGAUCUCUCCAGACACAUCCCCACUCGAUGGCUGUUUGAGAUUUGUUCACUUUGGCCCGAUGCCGCCGGAUGUAGCGAUGCAACUGAUGAGCAAAGCGUAUCAAGGCGGUCUCCAUGUCCACGAAAAAGCGGUGACAUAUAAAGAAAUUGAGGGCUUCCGUAUUGAUUUUCGCGAGGAAGAUGAACGAUGGAGAAGGGUCUGCAUUGACGGGAAGAUAAUAGCUGUUGAGCGAGGUGGUUGGAUGGAGGUGCGCAGAGAACCACGGUGCCUACUGAAUCUUAUCGCCGAUUUCCCUUGA